CAGCCGUGUACGCGCACUCAGCUAUCCGGUUUCAUCAAAGUGAAGUAAGCGGUGGAUGCAGAGCAUUCGGCAGUGUGUGGUGUCUGCGUCAGCGUUAGCAGUGCGUUGAGUCUGCGUCAGCAGUGUGUAGAACUUGCGUCAGGGUCAGCAGCGUGUAGAACCUGCGUCAGCGUCAGUAGUGUGUGGAGCCUGCGUCAGCGUCAACAGUGCGUGGGGUCUGCGUCAGCAGUGUGUGGAGCCUGCGUCAGCGUCAGUAACGUGCCGAACUUGCGUCAGCGUCAGUAGUGUGUAGAGCCUGCAUCAGCGUCAGCAGUGCGCGAAGACCGCGUCAGCGUCAGUAACGUGCGGAGCCUGCGUCAGCGUCAGCCGUGUGUGGUUUCUGCGUCACAGUUAGCAGUGCAUGAAACCUGCGUCAGAGUUAGCAGCGUGUGGUGUCUGCGUCAGUGGUAGCAGUGAGUGGAGCCUGCGUGACUGUGACCUGUCAUUGACACAGUCUCACAACUGUGACUUGUCAUUGACACCGUGACCUGUCGUUCACGCAUACCUGUCACCGUGACCUGUCGUUGACACCUAGCUGUGAGGUUUGUUCGCGCCUACAAUCAUGAAGCCAUCUGUGGUCGCCUUCCUCGUUGUCUUCCUCCUGCUGCUGGCGCUCGUCGUCAUCCUCGUACCGACGCUCUACUACACGCUUUAUUACAAGGGCUACGCGACGCCGCAGUGCCCUCUAGCGAACGAGACGCGAGGCUACGACGACCGCGUCGACUGCGCGCCAGAGGGCGACGUCAGCGAGGCGACGUGCGUCGAGAGGGGAUGCUGCUGGCAUCCGGUGAACGUCACCGGGAUAGAUGCCCGUCCGCCGCCGGAAUGCUUCUUCCCGUCUAACUACGGGUAUUACAUGGUAGGGGAGCCCGAACAGACGGAGAAGGGCUGGACUGCCACCAUCGAACGCCUGCACACGCCUCCUAUGUUCGGAGACGAGACGACGAAACUGAAAGUGGAAGUAGAGAUGCAGACUAAAUCACGCCUGCGGAUAAAGCUGACGGACGCUGAAAACCACCGCUACGAGGCGCCACUGCCAAUGGUUCCAGUUGAGGAGGAUUUCGACGCGUUAGAUGUCAACUCAACGAGCGAGGCCGCCUACAAUGUCACGUUCCAAAGCACGCCUUUUAGCUUGAAGGUGACGAGAAAGGAAACGGGCACUGUCAUAUUCGACACGUCGGCGGGAGCGCUCGUCUUCUCCGACUACUUCCUGCAGCUGACGACGUCGCUGCCGUCGGAGAACGUGUACGGCGUCGGCGAGCACGUGCGCGGUCGCUACCGACACGCCGCCGCCUGGAAGACAUGGACGCUGUUCAGUCAGACGUCGCAGCAUGCCCGCGAGGGAGCGAAUCUAGCCGGCGUACACCCGGUCUACAUGUGCAUAGAGGAAGGGGGAUACACACACGGAGUCUUCUUACAUAACAGCAACGCCAUGGACGUCGUGCUACAACCUUGCCCUUCCAUCACAUACCGCGCACGAUCGGCGGCAUCUUUGACUUCUACAUUUACCUCGGCCCUACACCCGAGUCGGUCUACGAGCAGCACAGCACGGCCGUAGGACGGCCCUUCAUGGUGCCCUACUGGGCUCUAGGCUUCCAGCUGGGUCGCGAGGGCUACCCGAGCAUCGGGGCCGUGUAUAGCGUAGUGCAGAG